AUGCCGAACGGCUGCGAGCUGCGCAUCAUGUUGCCGUCUGAUCGUCUGGAGAUGCACCCGAGGGAGUCUUUCCGCUUCCGCUUCCCUCUGUUUACUGGUCUCUACGUCUUCUACUACCGCAAUCUUCACCCCUUGUCGAAAUACCCCGGUCCAUUUCUCGCAUCAUUUACAAAUCUCUGGAAAGUCCAGCAACUAUGGAGCCUACAUCUACCUGACACUCUCAUCGCGUUGCACGAAAAGCACGGCGACGUCGUCCGUAUUGGUCCCAAUCAACUCUCUUUCAGACAAGGAGAUGCUGUCCCCAAGAUCUACAAGGCAGGCCGAACUCUGGCCAAGACUCCCUUUUACGAUGGCUUUACUUCCUUCAACCCCAACCUGUUUGGGACCCAAGAUGAGGAGGUACACUCGCUUCGGCGACGACAAAUGGCACACGCAUUUUCUCUACAGUCAAUCAAAGAGAUGGAGCAAUACAUCGACGAGCACCUUGUGCAGUUUCGCAGAAACCUUGACGAAUAUUCCAAAACCGGCCAAGUUUUCGACCUCAAAGAGCUGAUCGCCUUCUUCGUCCUUGACGUCCUAGGAGAUCUCGCCUUUCGUUGUCAAUUCAACUCGCAGGUUGAAAAGGAUGCGUCGAAGCUACCCCCCAUCAACGACCACAUCUUCCUUGCUUGCCUUCUAGGCAUGAUUCCCGACCUCAUGCCCUUCAUCAAAGCCAUUUCCCCGUGGACGCCAGUGCCUUGGCUACAACAGCUUCUCGCAGCUCGAAGAGACCUCAAGAAUCUGACUGCCAAGUGCGUUAGUAGUCGUAUGGCGGAUACGGGUGCUGCUCGAAAGGAUCUCAUCACCAGUUUGAUCAAUGCCGUGGACCCGCAGACAGGAGCCAGACUCACUGAACUUGACAUACAAACAGAGGCAUUUGCGUUCAUUGUUGCAGGCUCACACACGACGUCCGGAACCCUCACCCUUCUCUUUUCCCACAUUCUUCAAAAUCCAGCCAUCCAUGCCAAAGUUGUGGGCGAGGUUGAUGCGACUCUCGGGAAGCUCGAGUCAGACAUCGUACCUAUCGAAGGCCUCGAAACAAAGCUACCAUACUUGAUGGCAUGCCUGAACGAAAAUUUUCGGAUAAACUCUGUCUUUACUAUGCCACUGGAACGAAGGGUGACGGCCAGGGAAGGGUUCGAGAUCGCAGGCCAUGUCAUCCCAAAAGGAACCGUUGUAUUCAGCCUAAACCACGUCGUCCAUCACAACCCUUCCAUCUGGGGUGCCGACCACAACAAGUUUGAUCCCUCUCGAUUCCUCAACAAGGAUGGUGAGAGACUUGAACGGUUCCUGAGCCCAUUCAGUAUGGGUCAUCGAAUGUGCAUUGGACGAAACAUGGCCAUGACCAACAUGCUCAAGCUCGUGGCUACGACUUUCAAGAACUAUCACCUUGAGAUGGAGGAUCCGACGCAGAUCAUUUCUACCAUCAGCGUUGGAAUCUCGGAGAAGGAGGGGCCUUUGAUGUGCCGUGUGCGAAGAAGAUGCUGA